AUGGCUCGAACCAUUGCCGAGUCGAUCCAGCUGCGCGUCGAGUUCGCGAAGUGCCUGUCCAACACGAUGGAAGCCGACUCGCCUGCCUUCCUGAGUGCUUGCGAGACGCGCAAGGAUGAGAUCAUCAAGCUUCUUCGUAGCCAAGUGGUUCCAGUCGACCAGGCCAGCGAGAUCCUGAGGAUGUUGGGUGCCGGGCAGUUCUCGGAGGCCCACAUCAAUGAGAUGCAGACAGUGCCGGUGGAGAGAACCUCCGACGACCUCGACGCCGCGAGCAGAGCGAGCUACAUGGUUGCCUCGGACUGGGAGAAGCUCAAGAACCCAAGCCUCGACUUCAACACGAAGUGCGUGGUUGCGAUCAAUCGGAUGUUACGCAUCGGCUGCGCGCGCCCCUCUGGGCCCUUCUACGCGGCGCUGCUCGCGGCGAUUCUACUGGCUGGACAUCUCAGGCCAGUCGCUGAGAUGGACGUCGAGGCUAACAAAGUUAUUGGCCAGCUGAACGACCUGAAGAGCAGGUACAAGCUCUGUGCUCGAGAAGCGUCGCAGCCGCCUUGCUCGGUGCACCCCGACGACGCGGGCGAGUUCAAGAGGAUCCACGCCGACUUUUACCAGAUGGCUUAUAGCGCGGAGCCUCACUGCCCCAGUAAGGUCGACGAGGCGAGCGCGGAUGGGCUCCGCAAGGCGCUGCCGGCCCGCAGGGCCCACGCGAGCGUCGCGGAGCCCAGGCCGCACCUCCGCGGUGGAGCGAACGCCGCCGCGUCGCGUUCGAAUCCAGCCGAGGCAUUGCUGAUGGCCCUGAUGGAUCGCCUCGUCGGCCAACCGAACGUCGUUGCGCCAGGCUUGCAGAUCUUUGGCAACCAAGGGCAGCGGAACUCCACGCAGGAUCAACCGCGUCAGGACGGGCUUCUGGCCAAUGGCGCAGCUGGCGCAAUCGGCGAGGUCCAGGAGGGGGCGAGUGGCCCGAAGGGCAACGCGCUGGCGAUCGAGGACAAGAAGGACAACCAGGAGGCGGCGCCCGUGGAGUGUCUCAGCGUCGAGGCCAUGUCCGAGGAAUUCAGAGGCACCGUGAAGCGGAGGCCUGCAGCAGCAAAGGGCGCUGGCAACGGUGCCGGCAUGAAGCGCCCUGCUGCAACGGCAGCGACGCCUGCAAAGGCCCAGGAGACAGAGGAAAAGCAGACCCCGACAACCAAGACCAAGAAGGAUGCCCCGACAGCCACGGCCGAGAAGGAGACCCCGAAAGCCAAGGCCAAGAACGAGACUCCGACGGCGAAGAAGUUCGCGUACCCUGGCACGAAGUACGCGGAUCCAGUCCGCAUCGGGGAGUUCAUCAUAUACACCGCGGUCAAGGAUCAGAAAUGGAGGGCCAAGCCUUCUUGGGGCAGGGUGGACAAGGCGUUCAGCUGGAG